UCAUUUUUUUUUGGGAAGCUCUUUCUUUCUUUCUUGUCUUGGGGGGACUUUUGCCGGAAAAUCGAGUUGAAAUUUUCUUGGCGGCCAAACAGUGGAGGGCGGGGCGAAUCAAAUGUGAUGGGAGGUGGACUCUCGACCGUCUUCCCGUGCUUCACGCCGGCGAGCCGGAGCAACCACCCGGACCCCCACCAUGACCUCCAUAGCCACCACCAGAACCAGGACUUGAUCUUCACUUCCUCCGAGCCUCUCGACGAAACCCUAGGCCACUCAUUCGUCUACGUCCGGAGCUCCGCGCGCUUCCUCUCUCCGACUCAGUCCGAUCGCUUCGUUUCCCCUUCACAGUCGCUCCGAUUCUCGCCCUCGCACGAGCCGGGAGUCUCGAGGACGCGAGCCGGACCGCCGGAGACCGGGUUCCGGACGAUCUCAGGCGCCUCCGUCAGCGCCAACACCUCCACUCCCCGAACUGUCCUCCAGCUCGACAAUAUUUACGACGAUGCCACUGAGACCACUCUCGGCUGCGGCGGAGUCGGCGUCGGUGGCGGCGGCGUCAGAGGAAGCAUCGUCAACGGCUUCGAGAGCACGUCUUCGUUCAGCGCCCUUCCGCUUCAGCCGGUGCCGAGGGGUGGCGGAGGCGGAGGAGGAGAGCCGUCGGGCCCAAUGGAGCGCGGCGGGUUCUUCCUCUCCGGUCCAAUCGAGCGCGGCGCGCUCUCUGGCCCACUGGACGCCAACGCCGCCGGCGCCGGGUGCGAUGGGAGUGGCCGGGUCCACUUCUCGGCACCUCUCGGCGGGCCUUAUGUAAAAAGGAAGAGAAAGAAGGGCAUUUCCGGAAUUCGGAAGGCGUUUUACCGGAACUUCUCGGAGAAAAAGAGGCCCUGGGUUGUCCCUGUGCUUAAUUUCGUUGGGAGAAAGGAGAGCUCCGGUUUGGGAGAUGAGUCGGAGGCGAGAAGCGAGACUAGUAAUGUCCAGUGGGCCCUCGGAAAAGCCGGCGAGGAUCGUGUACAUGUGGUCGUAUCGGAGGAACAGGGGUGGUUGUUCGUCGGGAUUUACGACGGAUUCAACGGCCCUGAUGCGCCGGAAUUUCUCAUGGGAAACCUUUACCGCGCCGUACACAAUGAGCUUCAGGGCUUGUUUUGGGUGGUCGACGAAGCAGAGGAAGCUACUAGCGAUCCGCAAAAUGUGGUAGCCGAAGAGAAUGAAAAUGCAGUUGCCGUAGAGGAAACAAAUCAAUCGGAGGUUAGAACGGAGAAAAGAGUGACUUUUCAAUCGGAGGAGACGGAGAGGCCGGCGGAGACUAGAAGGCGGCGGCUUCGCGAUUUUCUUGCGGAGGACGAUGCUGAGGACGGGCUUGACCUCUCGGGCUCACAGCGGUUCGCGUUCUCAGUUGAUGACGCGCUCAUCGUAAGCAACGGCGGGUCUGCGGCAAGCAGACGGUGGCUGCUGCUGUCGAAGUUGAAGCAGGGGUUGUCGAAGCACAGGGAAGGCCAUGGAAGGAAGUUCUUCCCGUGGAGGUUCGGGUUGGAGGAUAAGGAGAAGGUUGAGGUUGAGGUGGAGAAUAGAGUAGAGGAGGAGAGGUCUAAUCGGGGCAGCCGGAGACGGAAGGAGGGUCCGGUCGAUCACGAAUUGGUGUUGGGAGCGUUGUCCAGGGCUCUAGAAGUGACUGAGCUCGCGUAUUUGGACAUGACAGAUAAGGUUCUCGAUACGAAUCCAGAGCUUGCGCUGAUGGGUUCUUGCUUGUUGGUUGUGCUGAUGAGGGAUGAGGAUGUGUAUGUUAUGAAUGUGGGGGAUAGUCGGGCAAUCGUGGCGCAGUAUGAGCCGGAGGAAGUCGGUUCUAGCGCGCAUUCGAGAGGGCAGGGAGAGAACGGAUCGGGCACGGAAGGGAUAGUUGAGGAGUCCUUGGCUGCAGGUGAAAGGGCAAUGAAGCUGGAGAACGAGACUCCUGCUCAGGCGAUGAAAUUGACCGCAUUGCAGCUGUCCACGGAUCACAGCACAAAUAUUGAGGAAGAAAUCAUAAGAAUCAAGAACGAACACCCGGAUGACAAAAAUUGCAUUGUUAAUGAUAGAGUGAAAGGUCGACUCAAGGUUACCAGAGCAUUUGGCGCAGGAUUUCUGAAACAGCCCAAGUGGAAUGAUGCAUUGCUCGAAAUGUUCCGAAAUGAGUACAUUGGUACUGCACCGUACAUUUCCUGUUCACCUUCUCUUCGCCACCAUAGACUCUGUCCUAGAGAUCAGUUCUUAGUCCUCUCGUCAGAUGGUUUAUAUCAGUAUUUGACCAAUGAGGAAGUGGUUUCUCAUGUCGAGAAUUUCAUGGAGAAGUUUCCAGAGGGAGACCCAGCACAACAUUUGAUAGAGGAGCUUCUAUUCCGUGCAGCAAAGAAAGCUGGAAUGGAUUUCCAUGACUUACUAGACAUCCCACAAGGAGAUAGGAGGAAGUACCAUGAUGAUGUUACAGUGAUGAUUAUCUCACUUGAAGGAAGGAUUUGGAAGUCAUCAGGAAAGUACCUCUGACAAUGUACUGCAGAAUCCGUCUUCUCUCUACAGGUGAUAUUGCAGCUCAGUUCUCCAAGUAAUAUUCGCAAGCGGUGAGGAAAGCUUUACCGCUGACCAUUUCCUUCAGUUAGGGGUUUUUUCUUUUUUUUUUUCCUCCGUCUUACAGCAUAAGGAUACAGCUAAAUAGGGGGUGGCGCAGGUGGUAAUGGCAAAUGGGCUGAUGUUAGAUAUUACAAAAACUUGAAUAGAUGAAAAGAAAUUUGGUUUCGGGGGAAAACAGGAGAAUUUGCAGAUGGGGUUGAUGGGAAAUGCUCUUUAGGUGAAAAAGAAAAUUCAAUUUUCUUUUUCUUUUGGUUGUUUUUUCUUUUUUAGACGUUUUUUGGUUAUAAGAUAGAAAUAUUGUGUAGGUGCCGGCUCCAUUUCAUCAGUGCCAUGUUCUUCUCUUUGGAAGCCGAAAAAAAUGUCUGUAAAUUGGUGGGGGGGGUACAAAUUUAUUUACUGAAAUUGAGCAUUUCCUAGUCAAUGGUGAGCAGCUGUAACUUUGAAGGUGGGUUUUCCACCAUUGCGGAUUUGAAAGAGAUGAAAAUUUUGCCCA